UAUCCCUCACGUGUCCCUCAAAACUCUUCCAAGUAUCCUUCUGUCCACAUAUUCUCCGAUCCCCACCCCCAAUCAUCAAUAUUCAAUAAACUCUCUUAUAUUGUACUUUCCACAGUUCUUAUAUCCUUAACUCCAUCAAACCAACGAACAAACCGCCCAACUGCCAUAACUAUUCAACCACCCAAUCAUGGAAUCCGUCGCUUCUAGCUCCUCCCUGGCGGAGCCGCCACGCCACCGCCACAUCACGCCCACUCAGCCCCUUGCUGACCGGAUAGUCCGGGCCGUUAGCCACCCGCUCAGCCUCCUCCACCGCUCCGACACGUUCUUCUUCGUCUUGGGCGCCACCGGAAACGUCUACACCGUGAACAUCGCCGCCACCCCUUCGUGCACUUGCCCCGACCGCACCGCUCCAUGCAAGCACAUACUCUUCGUCAUGAUCAAGGUACUAGGUAUUAACCUAGACGAUUCUUGUCUAUUGAGGAGGAAUCUACGGCCGUGUCAGCUGAACCGUCUGUUGGGGAUGCCAAUCUCCACCGACGUGCUGGCGGGGGCGGAGGUGCGGGAGAAGUUCCACCAGCUGUUCUUUCGGGAGAGGGCGGAAGCGCCGUCGCGGGCGGCGGUGGAGAUACCGGAGGGGGCGGCGUGCCCGGUUUGUCUGGAGGAGAUAGGGAGGGAGGAGAGAGUGGCGGCGUGCGGGACGUGUAAGAAUCCGAUCCACGAGGACUGCUUGCUGGCAUGGAGGAGGAGUAACCGGCCCAGGAGGUUCAUCAGCUGCGUGCUCUGCCGCGCACGGUGGCGCGACGUGAGGGCGGCGGCGGCGGAGCAGGAGAAGUAUCUCAACUUGUCGGCUUAUAAUAAUAGUGAAGAUCAUGACAUGUUGGAAGGUGAGAGGCGUUGCGGUGAUUAGCGCCUUAAUUAGCUAGGAUUAACUUAUUCAUUAGAAUUAAAUGUAAUAUAAAUUGUCCCAAAAAAUGUUAUUCACUCGGUAAAUCAUGAUUCUC